AUGGAUGCACCGUAAGAUUUUGCUUGGUUAUUCAGUAUUAUGUAACUUUAGGUUUGUGUUACCUGAGAAAUACCAAUUCUUGCUUGGUGCGAAAGAGAUAAAUGAUGAUCUAAUUGCCAGCAAUAAGGUAAGAGGUGAUUUUCUUUUUGGAAAGGUUUUGAGUCAAAAGUCUUCCGUCUUUUAUAUUGUUUUAGGUAUAAAACUUUGCAAAUUUGAUGUAAAAUCUUACAAUCUGAAUCAUAAUGAAAUAUUUUGUUUUCAGAGGUUAUUCAGACACCUAACACGACCUCCCACAAAGUUGAGACACUAUGUCAAGCGCAAUAUGGCCGCAUUAUGCCUCAACUUUGCUCAUGACUAUAUCGAAUCCGAGACGCCAAUCUUCCUAAAUGCGGUGGUCGGGCAAGUGAGACAGUAUCAAGUAGGAGCUAAGAAGGAGAGGUCCAAGUAUGAUGCAAUUAUUUUACUGCCGGCAGACCUAUAUUCUCCUGACUUUAUCAAUGUCGCGGUUUCGGAUUUUGUGAGGAUUGAAAGAGAUGGGGAGGUUGUUUUGUCGGUGAGUUUUUAUGUUUAUUUUUCUAAUUUUGGAUCCGUUUACGAUAACUACUCUUUUAAAAGGUAUUGGUUGCUGCCUUUAUGUUUUUUGAGCGGUUUCUGACCUUGUACUAGACAGCUGAACGGAAAUCUGAAAGUUUCUGGAGUUUCUUGCCAAAAAACCAAGCUAUUUUCCUGAUUUUGCAUCCACAUUCAAUUUCUGUCUUCCUAACUGGUUUUCUUGGCAUUAAAUCCAAAAGAUUUCCUUUAUUGUCUUACUAUCCAUGUCUAAUUUUAGGGACGAGUCUAUCGAGUUUCUCCGUCCGAAAUAAGAAUAAAAGGUGAUGUCAACCCCACAAACAAGGUCCCAAAAAAGAAUUCAAAAGUCAACCUGUACAAGCAAUUGAUUGAUUUCGUUCCUAAAGCCAUUGUAACCGCGAUGCAGAGGAUUCAAAGUGGAGCUUUCAAUCAUAUCGUCAUGCCCGAGGCAGAUGUUGGAUCGGUAAGCCUUUUGAGGUAGUUUUGAUACGAUUUUGGUGGCUUUUGAAAGUAAUCUAACGAAAUUUCUUAUAUCUUUUUUUAAAAUUUUUGUUAUGUUUUUUAGGAAGAGAGCUUCAACUCGCGCUGGCGCGGAAGGCUGCUCAAAUUUGCCUCUGAAAACACAGAAUUACAAAUGCUGAAUCUAGAACAACAACUAGCAGUCUACGUGAUCUGCAAGGAGCUCCACAAACCUUGGCCUUUUAUUCUGUUUGGACCUCCCGGAACCGGGAAGACUGUCACCAUUGUUGCGACGAUCCGACAGCUGAUCAAGUCCGAAAAUAACCGUAUUUUGAUCUGCACUCCUUCCAACACAGCGGCCGAUCGGGUGGCCAAAGAGUUGAUGAAAUAUUUGGAUAAAGAUGGGCCUGGAAUUAAUCGGAGUGAGGAUGAGAAAAACGAGGAGACCGGCUUAAACAGGUGGAAUGUCUUGCGAUUCGUCUCGCCGUCAGUGGAUUUUGAAAAACGCGACAAAUCUCUUGAUCCCAUUUCGUAAGUGAAUUUGAUGAUAAACUAAAAAUUUUUGUACUAUUUUGACUGAUUAUUCCAUUUCCAGCAAUGUCAUAUCAGAUGGUUAUGAUGUGACACUCGAUGUGGCCGAAUACAAAGUCAUUAUUUGCACCUUGGCCACGUCUUCUCGCCUCUGUGGCGAUCAAUUUACUCAUAUUUUUGUGGACGAGGCUGGGCAAGCCUGCGAAUGCGAGAUUUGGAUCCCGAUUGGGUGUUGUGCCACCAGAAAAACGUCCCUGAUUCUAUGUGGGGAUCCGAAUCAACUCGGCCCGGUAAACAUGCUGAACUUGAGCGAAAUUUACACCGGAUAUUUGGAAUCGCCGCUCAAAAGAUAUUUGAGAAUUCCCGAGUAUAAAAACGAAAGGUGAGGGACUUUGUGACCUUUUUGUUUGAUUUUUAGGAUAUAAAAAAUACACUUUGAUAUUAUCCAUGACGUCUAAUGGACCUAAAUUUUUUGUUUCAGGAUGUUCUGCAUCCAGCUGACGAAAUGCUUUCGAUGCCAUGGGGAGAUUGUCAAAAUCGCUUCGGAUUUGUUUUAUGACGGCAGUCUGGAGAAUGCAGGAGAUCAGGAAUGGAAAAAUGAACUUUGUAAUCACAAGUACUGGCUGAAUAAGGUAAAAAAUAUGCUUUGAUUUUUUUUGAGAAUAAAUUAAAUUUAUUUUAGGGCUUCCCGAUGCUGUUCAUCGACGUUCCCAAUCAAGAACAUGAAUACGACCCGCACAGUGCUUCGCUCGCAAAUCCAGCCGAAGCUAAAGUGGUCUAUCGUAUGGUCAGGCACUUGUUGCGAAUGAAGAUUGAUCCCGAGAAGAUUGGAAUCGUCUCACCCUACAAGUAUCACUCAAAAAUCAUUCGAGAGAGGUUGGCUGAGAAAUUCGGGGACGGCUUGUUGGAUAAGUUGACGGUGGAUUCGGUGGAGAGAUUUCAAGGAAACGAAAGAGAGGUUAUAAUUAUGACGACUGCCAGAACCGAAGGAAAAGGAUUCUUGUUCUGUAAUUUGGUGGGUUUUUGAGAAUGAACCGAUUAUAAGGUGGAAUAAGUUAAUUGACUUUGCAUUUAGCGUCUGAACACGGCCAUUACCCGAGCGCAACGACUUUUGAUCGUCAUUGGCAGCCGAAAAGUCCUCAAGAAGCAUGAUGAAUGGGCGGAGUAAGAUUUUGUUUUUACUUUAUUUUUUUUUGGCGUUUAGGUUGAUUGACUUCAUCAAGGAUCAUAAAGGAUAUCUCUCGAGUAGUCCGUUCAACAGAGUUGCCAUUGACAGAAAUGGGUCAAACAAAACCCCGAGAACCCAUUGGGCAUUGAUGCCGGUGAUUAUAACAGCAGAAAGUCCAAAAAGAGAAGAAGAAAAUGAAACGGAGACGUUGGCUUUGCCUGAAAAACGAGAAUUGAAAACGGAAGUCUCUCCGAAGAAGGCAACGAUCAGGACCAGGCCAAGUACAGUCAAAAGGAAGAACACGAACAUGUAA